GAUGAAUUGGUUUUAGUAUGGGUUCCCUGAUAACUGAAAAUUAUUUAAUGGGUUCCUCUGGGCCGAAUGACCUGUACAUUAAUGAUCAGGGGGAAAAUGUUCCUCACAUUGUUCAGUGAGAAGAAUGAUCCUUCGAUUAGUGGUCAGUGGGAAGAAUGUUCCUUAUAUUGGUGAUCAGUGGGAAGAACGUCCCUUAUAUUGGUGAUCAGUGAGAAGAACGUCCCUUAUAUUUGUAAUCAGCGGAAGAAUGUCCCUUAUAUUGGUGGUCAUUGGGAAGAAUGUCCGUUACAUUGGUGGUCAGUGGAAAGAAUGUCCCUUAUAUUGAUGAUUAGUGGGAAGAAUGUCCCUUUAUAUUGGUGGUCAUUGGGAAGAAUGUCCCUUUAUAUUGGUGGUCAUUGGGAAGAAUGUCCCUUUAUAUUGGUCAUUGGUCAUUGGGAAGAAUGUCCCUUAUAUUGGUGGUCAUUGGGAAGAAUGUCCCUUUGCAUUGGUGGUCAUUGGGAAGAAUGUCCCUUACAUUGGUGGUCA